AGCCAAAUCAGGGACAAAAGUUUUGUCAAUUUGAAAAAAAAAAUUGAAACUGAAAGUUUAAGUAUUAAGCUUGAACUUUGAAAAAUACAAAAAUAUAUUUGAAAUAAAUAUAAGUGUAUUAAAUAAUUUUUCAGCUUGUAUAUAAUUUUGAUUCAAUUCGAAAAUAGUUUUAAACAAUUUUUGUUUUUUUAAUUUUCACUUUUUUUUGUGUAUUUUGAUAUUUGAGAUCUUAUAUUUUUCAGGUGCAAUUUUUUUUUACAGUUUCGAUUUUUUUUUUUCAGGGUUCAAAUCUUUUUUUUUACUUUCAGAUCUCAGUUUUCAGGUUUCAGACUUUUGGCCCUGAUUUUGCGUGUGGGCGUGGUAUCAUAGGAAAGGGGCGUGGUAUACGGUUGAGGACCUACUCCGGAGGACCCUGUCAAUGUGCCUGCGUGGAUUAUAUAUGUCUGUACGUUCUCCCUCGCGCGAUGGCGUCCGCUCCUCCUGGACAGCCUGCUGGCUCCAGCACACAGGAACAACUGAAAAGGGAUUUUCUUCAGAGACUACUGACUAAAGUUUCUCAGGCCACACAAAGACUGCCCCUAGAUGUUGACUAUUUGCAGUUUGUAGUGAACCAGGAGAUGAUUAUUUUUAGAUCAUUGUCGAGCCAGAUGGAGAUGCCACAGGAUGUUAUCAGUGCUUUGACUGAGCUGUCGGCACUUGUUAACGAAGAGGAAAGGGAUUAUCCAACACCCAGUCACGUAUCAGUGUUUCAAGGGGAGAUGGGCCGUCCUAAAUAUCUUGUAUCUGCUGAACAACUAAAAGGCCUCUUAGAACUACAGCUACCAGUGUCACGCAUUGCAAAACAUCUGGGUGUAUCUGAGAGGACCGUGAAAAGACGCAUGCGUGAGCAGGACCUUUCUAUAAAGCAGCGGUAUAGUAACCUAACUGAUGAACAGCUGGACAGUUUGGUGAGGUCGGUGAAGGCCAGGACACCACAUGUAGGAUACCGAAUGAUGAAGGGAAUUCUGCAGGCCAUGGGCCACCGUGUACAAUGGAACAGAGUGUCUUCCUCUAUGCAUCGUGUGGACUCUGUUGGUGUACUCUCAAGAAUGACUAGGAUGGGAUGUGUUUCAAGAAGAACAUAUUCUGUUCAGGGUCCUCUGCACUUGGUACAUAUCGACACAAAUCAUAAGCUUAUCAGAUAUGGCCUUGUCAUUUUUGGAGGUGUUGAUGGCUUCUCAAGAAAGAUCAUGUACCUAGGUGCUGCAACCAAUAAUAAAGCAUCAACUGCACUUGCAUUUUUCUUGGAGGCAGUACAAAAGUAUGGCUUUCCGUUACGAGUAAGAGGGGACCAAGGAGUGGAAAAUGUUUGCAUAGCACGAUGCAUGUUCACUGUUAGGGGCUGUGGAAGGGGAAGUUUCCUGUCUGGAAAGAGUGUGCACAAUCAAAGAAUCGAGCGUUUGUGGCGAGAUGUUUGGAUGGCUGUUUCAAAUGUCUACUAUGAAGUUCUUCACAGCCUUGAGGAUGAAGGCAUUCUAGAUCCAUCCGAUAGCAUCCAUCUAUUCUGUGCCCAGCACGUGUUUCUUCCACGUCUGCAGAGGGAUCUUGACAUUUUCAGGGUGGGUUGGGAUAAUCACCCUUUAAGAACGGAGCAAAAUCUCUCCCCCCAACAACUGUGGACUAUGGGACUCCUCCAAAACCCUGUUGAUGCUCCAGAACAUGUAGAGGAAAAUGAAGAUUUCAACAUUGCCAGCGAGAUGGAUGCGGUCAGCUCUGGAGUGAUUGUUCCACCUGUGGAGUGUCCCUUACAUGACAACGAUAUGGCAGGCUUAAGAACGACAAUUGAGGUUACUAGACAAUCAGAGUCCUAUGGUCGAGAUGUUUAUUUAGCUGUGUUGAACUAUGUUCUAAAUCAUGUACCUUAGUCCAACAUUGUCCUUCAGUGUGUUUACCCACACCAAAAAUGGACUUGGUUUAUGAAAUGGCAACAGUGAAGAUGAGGACUUUUCACCUGUAAAUAACAGAACUUUAAGAUUGCUAAAAUACAUGUUUUAUUAAAAGUUGUAACAAUUACUUCAUACAACAGUU